AUCACCAUCUUCCAUCUCUCUCUCUCUCUCUCUCUCUCUCUCUCAAUUAAGACAACUAAUGGAUUCAGGGAAACAACAACAAGGAAGCUCCGACAGUACUUCAAGUGAAGAAAACGAAUAUCGGUCGGAAAAACAAGUCAAAGACCUCAAACGGUGCUACGAGUGCACAUUUUGCAAGAGAGGCUUCACGAACGCACAGGCUUUGGGAGGACAUAUGAACAUCCAUAGGAAAGAUCGGGCUGCUGCUAAUAAAGCAAAACAUCAAACAGGUUCUUCGACUUCGAGUCACGGCCAGAUUAAUAGUGAAGAUCAAUCAUUAUCCAUGGCUGCACCUAGGUACUACCCGGCUAUGGAGUCGGCAAACAGGAAUAGUUAUUAUCCUCACAUGUAUUUUGAGUCAUCUGGGUCUGCUGGUGCUAGUAAUUUUCCUUAUAAUAAUUCUUAUUAUUCCAUUGAUGAUGGAGGUCAUUCUUUUAUCGGUUCUUCGAGGUCGAGCUCGAGUCAGACUGCUGCUGCUGCUGCUUUGACGAUGAACGAAGAACUUAUGGGUGCAAAUUUGAGCUUGAGAAUCGAUUCGGCGAUUUGGGAAGAUAAUGAAGUGAGGAGGGGUGUGAGGAAUGGUGAUGAAGUUGAUUUGGAGCUUCGACUUGGCCAUGAUUGAUUUACAUUUGGGCUUAUUCAUAUUGUUUGGGUUCCAUACAUAUCAAAACUAUAUAUAUAUAUAUACAUAUUGUACAGAGAGAAAGAGACUCUUAAGCAUAAUAUCAAAUAUUAUGGAUUUAGAUUAAAGAAGUAGAAAGAAAGGAAGGACCGUUUGUAAUUGAUUGAAGAAGAAUUGGCUGCCGAAUACUUAGAGCUUCUUGAGGUAAUUAAGUGUUAGAUUCUCCUUUUCUUUUAUUAUUAUAGUAUAUUAGGAAAAUUAUAAGGCCUUCAAUGCCAUUUUAUGAGCUCUGAGCGGAACUUGUCUUCUGAUCUUUCUUUUUUUUUUUUUUUUUUU